AUGGACAGAAAAUGUGGGAAAUACGUAGUGAAUACUGAACACUCUGGAAACCAGCCGAUGAGUAUUGGUGGCACCACCGUGCCAUUCCUGAACCUUAGAAACGAUGAAGCUCAGAGUUCAGCCUGUAAGUUUGCAACAUCAAUUGAUGUAACUGGUGAUGCUGGUCCCAAUUUAACUGACAUCUGCACCAACAGAGGGACCCUUGGACUUUCAGAAUUUCCAAACAGAGAAUCCCAACAUUGUCAGGUGACACGAAAUUUGUUUAGUGACUGGUCUGUGUGGAAAAUAUUCCUGGCUUGUCUCUUAGCUUCUGUGAUAACAAUGGCAAUUGGAGUACUCAUAGUGUCUCUGCUGUAUAAUGGGAAAAAUAAUAAUGCCCCCAUUGUUAUACAACUUACUCAAAACCAGGGGGCAAUCUCAUUGACAACUGAAACAACCUCAACUCCUAGUUCCGAAACUACAGUUGCGACUAGCACAAUAGAUUCUACCACAACAUCCACUUCCAGUACCAUGACUACCAUCACUGAGCACACUUCAACAGAACUUACAAGUAUACCAACCACUGAUUCCACAGAAACCACAAUUGCAACAGCUGCCACUUCAACUGAAAACACGAUCACAAAUAUAGCCAGCACUACCACUGAGGGUACGACCAAAACAGCCACCACUGCUUCCACCACUUCUACUGAGACCACGACUACCACAGUGGCCACCACCACACCUCAAUCGACUACCACAACAACGGCCGGCACUACCACUGAGGCUGCAACCACAACAGACACAACUGAUUCUCCCCCUUCUACUGAGACCACGACUACCACAGUGGCCACCACCACACCUCAACCAACUACCACAACAACGGCCAGCACUACCACUGAAGCUGCAACCACAACAGACACAACUGAUUCCCCCACUUCUACUGAGACUACAACUACCACAGUGGCCACCACCACACCUCAACCAACUACCACAACAACGGCCAGCACUACCACUGAAGCUGCAACCACAACAGACACAACUGAUUCUCCCACUUCUACUGAGACCACGACUACCACAGUGGCCACCACCACACCUCAACCAACUACCACAACAACGGCCAGCACUACCACUGAAGCUGCAACCACAACAGACACAACUGAUUCUCCCACUUCUACUGAGACCACGACUACCACAGUGGCCACCACCACACCUCAACCAACUACCACGACAAUGGCCGGCACUACCACUGAAGCUGCAACCACAACAGACACAACUGAUUCUCCCACUUCUACUGAGACCACGACUACCACAGUGGCCACCACCACACCUCAACCAACUACCACGACAACGGGCUUCACUACCACUGAGGCUGCAACCACAACAGACACCACUGAUUCUCCCACUUCUACUGAGACUACGACUACCACAGUGGACACCACCACACCUCAACCAACUACCACAACAACAGCUGGCACUACCACUGAGGCUGAAACCACAACAGACACAACUGAUUCUCCCACUUCUACUUAGACCACAACUACCACAGUGGCCACCACCACACCUCAACCAACUACCACGACAACGGGCUUCACUACCACUGAGGCUGCAACCACAACAGACACCACUGAUUCUCCCACUUCUACUGAGACUACGACUACCACAGUGGACACCACCACACCUCAACCAACUACCACAACAACAGCUGGCACUACCACUGAGGCUGAAACCACAACAGACACAACUGAUUCUCCCACUUCUACUUAGACCACAACUACCACAGUGGCCACCACCACACCUCAACCAACUACCACGACAACGGCCAGUACUACCACUGAGGCUGCAACCACAACAGACACCACUGAUUCUCCCCCUUCUACUGAGACUAUGACUACUGCAGUGGCCACCACCACACCUCAACCAACUACAACGACAAUGGCCGGCACUACCACUGAAGCUACAACCACAACAGACACAACUGAUUCCACCACUUCUACUGAGAGUAUGACUGCCACAGUUGCCACCACUUCAGCUGAACCAGCUAGCACAACAAUGGCCAGCACUACAAAUGAGGCUACAAUCCCAUCAGCCACCUGUAUCCCUUCUGCAACCUUUGGCAUACCUACCACCACGGCAAUAGCCACCUCUUUUUCUGAACCCACCAGCACAACUCUUAGCAUCAUCUUUUAAACUUACCCUGUCACCAUAACUCUAAGCAUUUUCCCUUACUGAAGGCAUUACCACAAUUGCAGUUACCAUUUUAUUUUCACUCAGAGCCCAUGAGUACCUGGUUCAUAUUGACUGAAUCUCUGACCACCAUUCCUUUUUCUGAAUCCAAUAUUAUUAUAUUAUAAUACCAGUUCACCCCUUUCUGUUUCACAAUGGUAAACUCUCCUCCUCAGCUGAAGCUCUAACUGCACAAAUCAUUCAACACUGUGAACUCAAGUCUGAUUCAUUUUCAUUUCAAAUCAACCUAUGGUAUCAGUUUACCAGAAUCGCCAGACACUACUCUCUGCUAUUCCAUGAAUUUACACUACCGCAAUUGCUACUUCCAUCUCAGGUAGUGACUCUAGUCUGUUUUCUGAUAUAAUGUAAGCAUCAUCUUCAACCCCCUUUGCUACCUCCCCAGGUAAAAAUAAAGUCAACACAGAUGCUACCAACUCAGAUGACUUUCUAAUCACAACACCAUAAUGACCUCAGUGAAAUUAUAAUCUCCUUAACCUGGUAAUAGAAACACUAAUAACUGUUAAUAGAAAAUGUAACCACAGCUACGUCAUUUACUAUCACAAUACAGUUAGCAAUUCCACUGCCCCUUCAAAUGAAUUCAUAGCCAGACCCAUAUUACAUCAACAAUAUACUCUAGCUACAACUUCUACUGAAAUUUUGCAAUAGGGACCACGACAUCAAUUAAUCCUACAGUCAUACUAUCAUUUCUACACCUCAUCAUUUCUACAACACAGCCGUUUGUACUGUAUGUACUUGUAUAAUAUACUAACCUCACUAAACCCUUCCAUACCCUAUCAGCUGAAUCUAUAAGCACUGUAACUUCUACUGGUGUUUUAUUCAAAGCUAUCCAUUACUUAUUCAUCCGAACCAAUGCUGCCUCUCUAUUUACUGUAAAUCCAGUAAGUCACAACAUCAUACCCACUUGACAUAAAUGGCAAAUUCAGAAUGACCCCUUCCAUUGGAACUCUAGUUAGGAUGCUUGCAAAUUAAAUCCUUAUGUCCAUUGUCAUCACUCUUACUAUAACUACUAUUAGUACCAUAGGUGAUUCCAAUGUCAGUAACUGCCAGCAUAAAACUACAGGGACCAAAAUAACCACUUCUAAAACAAGAUUACUUAAUGACCAAUUCAACUAACACUAAAAUGAUAAUGAAUUCAUCCUCAAAACAACAUUUAGAUUUAACAAUACCAUAUAUUAGACCUGACCAUUUAAUGUGGAUAGUCUCUACUUUGUGAGGUUUUUGAUAACACAAUUUUCAUACAAAGUAAAUCCAAUCCAUUUAUUUAUGCUGGAAAGCUGUUAUGAUUAAAUAAAAAGUUACCAAAUGUGAAUACAGUCUUUUACUAUUAUAAAGUUGUAGUCUCUAAUACACUAAUUCCAUAUGUAAUAAGGAAAACACAUUCUAUAUCAUAAGGGUGU